UUUUUUUCUCUGUCUUUAUCAGGUGUCAUAAUGGAGGACGGACUACUAAGCUUGAAGUGGAACAACCACAAAACCACAUUCUUUGAAAUCCUCAGGGUAUUAAGAGAAAAGGCAAAUUAUACAGAUGCCACUAUUGCAGUGGAUGGAAAGUUUUAUCCAGUUCACAAACUGGUAAUGAGCACAUGCAGUGAGUAUUUUAGUGAAAUUUUUGAAAAAACACCAUGCAAAUCACCAGUGAUAGUGCUAAAAGAUGUGCGCAGUCAGGACAUGGAAGCGCUGUUGGACUAUAUGUACUUAGGUGAAGUUAACGUAAACCAAAAUGACUUAGCCUCGUUAUUGAAGACAGCCGAAUGCCUCAGAAUUAAGGGCUUGGCAGUACCUGAUGAAGACACUACAAAGGUAAGGAAAGCACCUCCGGAUGAUAGACAAGAAAGUCCGCCACCAAAGAGAAGACGAAAUGAAGACAACCCUUCCUCAGCACCUAGGCCAGUUUCCCCAUCAGUCAAUGCACCCUCUAAAACCACGACGCCAUCGGUAACGCCUCCAGUCCAGUCUGCAUCGUUGCCCGGGUCCCAGUCUCAGGAUGGGAUCCAGGACUCCUCGUUAGAUGUCCCGCCCAUGGUGAAGGUAGAAAUGCAAGAAGCCGACGACCCAGACGACUACAGAAAGGACAACAGUUACGAAGGCGGAUCAGUCAACGAAGGUGACAUGGGAUCAGACUUUGGCGCGGAAUUAUCUAAAGCGGAACACGACCCCGACAGUUACGGCAGUGGAUCAUACGCAGGACCAUCCAUUCAACCUGGGGGUGACCUCCCUUGGGAUGAGGGAGAUUCAAGCAGUUUUCCACAAGAAGGCUUCUCAGGGGACUUACCAGCAGGCCAGCAACCUCAAGGGGAUGGCUGGCCUAAGUGGCGGUUGCAGGAUGGUGCCAGGGACAUGACUUUUUUGAACAUGCGGCACCAGUGCAGCAUGUGCCUGAAGAAUUUCCGCAGCCAGGCUGAUCUGGGUCGUCACAUGCGCACACACACGGGCGAGAAGCCCUUCAAGUGCCCUUAUUGUGAACGCUCCAUGGCACAGAAAGGAAAUCUCAAGGCCCAUAUCAAGAAUGUCCACAAUGAUAAAACAUGCCCCAUUUAACCAAAGAAGUGAAGGUGACUUGACUUUGGUGUUGGUACAGAUGGUACAGAGAGUGUCUUUUGUACUUUUGUGGGACCUGUGGGGUGUCGGGACUCAUGUUGCAUCAGCAUCAUCGUGAGAAAAGAGAAUGACUAGAUUUGUUCUCUCCUGUAGGGGCACUCAGGAUUGGUGUGUGGGCAGCUGCUGCAGAUUCUGGAGAAUACCAGCGGGAGCUCGAAGGAGCC